AUGGCAUCUCAACCCAUCGUCCUCUCUCCAGCAACACCCUCAGAACUCUUGUCAUACAUCAUCUCUUAUCACCGAUACCCAACAACUAUAGUGAUGUGCUCUACAAAGACCGAAUUUCAACAGUCUCUUGUCCAAGACAUCACACACCAUCUCACUCUCCAAAACAAAGAUCCCGAGAUAUCAUCACCUUCUCAUUCCUUCCUCACAGCAUCACUCUAUCAGAUCGCCAUAUCUCGUCAUAUGCGAAUCAUAUUCGCCCCCACAGUCACACAUCUUCGCGCACAACUUUCCGUCUUCACGCCCAAGGACUCUCCAGUGUCAGCGCCGCCAAAUCACGCCCCCAGUACUCGUGCACCAAUACUCCUGGUAUAUGGACUCUUGGCACUUCACCGAGAUGCUGGUGAGUGGUCUGCUCAGGGUAUCGGUAACUCAGCAGCACUCUUGGUUGAUUCUGCUUCGCGGAAUGCGUUUCGAGCAGUGGCUAUCGAACCCAAGGGGAUAGGAGGCCAUGACGAUAUCGAGCACCUUGGGGGAGAAAUGGUCCCUCUGCUGAAUGGUACAUCGAGGAGGGAUGAUGGUUCAUGGAGCGGACGGGGCGUCACUGUCCGCCAGGUAAUGAGUCGCUGGUUCGAGUUUGAGGACCGAAAGAACGAUAUCACAUGA